AUGGCACCACUGAUUCACAUCAUCUGGCCGGCCCAGUCGGCCAAUUUCAUCUCUGACGAGUUGGGCUACGACGGAAAUUGGAUGGAUCCAAUGCUCAGCGAUGUUGGCGUCCAAGAGGCGCAGUGGCUAAGGGAGAGAACAGCAUCCAUGGGGCCGCGGCUGCAAGGCAUCUUCUCUUCACCGUGUUACCGGUCUAUAGCGACUGCGCAGAUUGCCUUCCAUGGCCGAGGAAAGCACGUCCUUCCGGGAGGAGCGUCAAGAGACCUCAAGAUAAGUCUUGAUGGGGCACUGAUUGAGACUUUGGAAUAUCCCCCCAACCGUCCAGCACACCCACAGGCCAUUAUAAACCACUUUGGUGAAGAUCUUCUUCACACUAGGCUGAUCCAGGACAAUAGAUAUCAGAACGAAAGAUUUUUUCGCGAAUACUGUAGCCACCCCGCGGCUUGUGCCGCCCGUGCUGCCGCUUGCCGGCGACACAUACGCGACUGGGUUCAAUCACGAUACCGGUUAACCGGAGACGAGAAUGGCGAGAUCGUGGUUGUCGGUCACCCAGUAACGAACGCGUUCCUGGCAAUGCCGACGGCGGGUGUGGUUAAUUGGACACUCCCACCAAACUUUCGUCCCCCGCCGACGGCCUCGAUCCAGACGUAUCGCUUUAUUCGGUGGCAGUCCUGGACAGGCACAGACACUGCCGCCCCGCUGGUCAAGGUGCCCCACGAGGAGCUGAUUGCUCACGACCCAUCCUAUACUUGGAAUGAGGACAACGGCUCAGGUCCGCGUGGUCCACAGCCGGUACCGGCUCAGACAGGCAUUGGUGCGAUCUCGUCCAACCCUGAAGACUACAUGGACGUGGACAGCCCUCCGAAUAAUUCACCCGGUGCUAUAGCUGCCCCUCCGACCACACCUACCGAUCCAGACGCUCAAUUGUCAAGACCGUCCUUUAGAAAACCUAUCAAGGACCCCAAAUACACCAUGCCGCCGAGUGUCGUUGCCGAGAUCAAAGCAAGUCUGCCUCAAUGGCCGGCAAAGUUCAUAAGAACAAGACCCAAGUUCGAACCCAAGGCGUGGCCCGAUCCGGAAAAGAUUGUAGUGGUCCGCAACCGUUUCCGUGGCAGUCCUGGCAAGAAGGCAGUCUGGGAGGCGGAGACGGAUAUCGAGAAGCGUAGAGACCGAGGACUCGGCGACAUGGAGCGACGCGCGCGGGAUAUCCAACGGUACUUUCACAAGUACGGAUACACUGACCAGUUCACACCCAUAGUUGUUGCUCAGGCCCAGGCCCUGUGCCCCCCGAAGCCGGUACCUCCCCUGUCCGAGGAACCCGACAUCUUUGAGCCAAUCUUCACUCCCGCUCCGACCUGGGAUGUCAUUGAUUUUGAGAUCUACCCUUCAUGGUUCACCGAUCCUAAGAGAGUGCAGGCGUGGCUAAAUUUGCAGUGGAACGCCAGAGGUAGGUGGGACGGCUGGGAUGCCAACGUGGGCCCAAAACCCGAUGACAGUCCCAAGAAAGCCACGUGA